AUGGAGGCACGAGGGCCACCACGCGUCAAGAACAAGGCGGCCGCGCCUAUCCAGAUCAGCGCGGAACAGCUGCUGCGCGAAGCAGUCGACCGCCAGGAUGAGAAGCUCAAGGCGCCCACGCAGCGCUUCGCCGACGUGGAGGAGCUGCACGAGUUCCAGGGCCGCAAGAGGAAGGAAUUCGAAGACUAUGUGCGGCGUAACAGGAUCAACAUGAACAACUGGAUGCGCUAUGCCGCCUGGGAACUCGAGCAGAAGGACACAUCAGUCGCCCUCUGGCUGAGGUACAUUGAGGCUGAGAUGAAGCACCGGAACAUCAACCACGCACGAAACCUUCUCGAUCGCGCCGUUACCAUCCUUCCCCGUGUUGACAAGCUCUGGUACAAGUACGUGUACAUGGAAGAGACGCUCGGCAACAUUGAUGGCGCACGAUCUGUGUUUGAGCGCUGGGUGCAAUGGGAGCCUGAGGAGUCGGCGUGGUCGUCAUACAUCAAGCUGGAGGUGCGCCAUGGAGAAUAUGAAAGAGCUAGAGCCAUCUUCGAGCGCUUCACUGUUGUCCACCCAGAGCCGAAGAACUGGAUCAAGUGGGCCAAAUUCGAGGAGGAGAAUGGCACUAGUGAUCUGGUACGAGACGUAUACGGGACCGCUGUCGAGACGCUCGGCGAUGACUUCAUGGACGAGAAGCUCUUCAUGGCAUACGCCAAGUUCGAAGCGAGGUUAAAGGAGACAGAGCGAGCAAGAGCCAUCUACAAGUUUGCGCUCGACCGCAUCCCGCGCUCGAAAUCGGUCAACCUUCACAAGGCCUUCACAACGUUCGAAAAGCAGUACGGUGACCGGGACGGCAUUGAAGACGUAGUUCUCUCGAAACGAAGAGUGCACUACGAGGAGCAGAUCAAGGAGAACCCCAAGAAUUACGAUGCAUAG